AUGAAGAAGCAAUUCCCUUUACAGAUUGUGAGUCAGUAUACAACAGAAGGGCUUGAAAAAGUCAGAAAUGGCCUCACAGAGGCUGCAACUUUGAGGGAGAGGUUUGUAUUAGGCACCAGUGUUAGUAGAAGAGUGGCUGCUGCAGCUGCUUCUGCUGCAGAAGUUGCUACUGCUACUGGUGAAAGCAGUUUUAGAUCUUUCAUGGUUGUUGUACAGCGUUGUGGAAGCAGUGUGGCUAUCGUUCAACAAUGGAUGAUUAAUGGGGAACUCUGCAUUGGACUUUUUGCAAUAAGAGAUAUUAAGAAGGAGGAUGAUCAGAUUUCAAGAGUGUUGUGGACAGCAGUGGUCCUACCGGGUGAAAUCGGAAUAACGUUUGAUGACAUUGGUGCUCUUGAGGAUGUGAAAACUGCAUUAUUCAGGGUAGUCUCCUUUAGUCCCUUUGCUGGUGGUAAUUGGGACAGAAGCAAUGAAAGAUCUUGGGAGCCAAGUGAUAAAGCUGAUCUUCACUUUGUGUACAAAGAUGUUGAAGGAGCAUCAAAUCAAUGGGAUGAUAUUCAAAGAAAACUCAGGAACUUACCUCCCAAACCCACUGCCUUCAAACCCGAUCAUUUCACUCCUGCAGAAGAUGAAGAUUCCAAACCUAAAACCAAAUCUCGGAUCGAUAACAUGACAUAA